CCGCUGAGGAAUGACUCGAAUGCAAGCGGGGUGGAACAAUUCUGAGUAAUUGGGCAACGUUUAAAAUCCAGAUCCAUCCUCAUGGAUGCGGCAAUUAAUUCGCCUCUUGACAGUGGCUCCCUGGGAGUGGGCCUGUCAGUGGUGGGUGUGGGGCCCAUGGACCAGCCGAACAUGAUGUCCGCCGGGGCGGGCAAGCGCAUCCGCAAGCCGUCGCUGCUGUUUGAGGGCUUCGAGAGCCCUGGGCUGCCCACGGCGCCGCCCCUGUUGCCGCCCGCCCCCUGCGGCCCCACGAUGCCCACGCAGCCGACCCAGCCGCCCGUCAGCGACCCGGGACGCGGCGGCCGCAUCACCAACCAGCUGCAGUUCCUGCAGAAGGCCAUGGUCAAGGCCCUGUGGAGACACCACUUCGCAUGGCCCUUCCACCAGCCCGUCGACGCUGUGCGCCUCAACCUACCGGACUACCAUAAAAUAAUCAAGCAGCCCAUGGACCUGGGCACCAUCCGCAAGAGGCUGGAGAACAACUACUACCGCAGUGCCAGCGAGUGCAUCUCGGACUUCAACACUAUGUUCACCAACUGUUACAUCUACAACAAGCCAACGGACGACAUUGUGCUGAUGGCCCAGUCGCUGGAGAAGGCCUUCCUGCAGAAGGUGGCCCAGAUGCCCGAGGACGAGCUGGAGAUCGCCCCUCCCGCCCCCCGCAGCCGUCCCACCAAGCCCGGCCGCGGACGCAAGGGCCGCGGGGGACGCCAGGGUCAUGCAGGGGGGAUGAUGAUGGGGAUGGGGAUGGGCAUGGGGAUGGGGAUGGGCACGGCUCAUCAGGUGCCUGCCGUGUCCCAGUCGGCCUACUCUUCCUCCUCGUCUCCCGAGGCGCCGGAGUCGCGCUACCCCACGCCGCCCCAGACGCUGCUCACCAAGAGCCUGCCGCCCCCCACCGUGCUCACUGGACACGGCAUGCUGGGCCUGCCGCCACACACACAGCCCACCGCCAAGAAGAAGGGCGUGAAGCGUAAGGCGGACACCACCACCCCCAGCACGCUGGCGUACCCCUCCAUGGCGGCCAUGGGGCCGGCGCUGUCGCAGGCCCGCGUGGGAGGCCUGGGCAAGGGCCAGGGCAUGACCCCCGACGCCCCGCUCUCCCUGUCGCCCGUGGUCUCGGUGUCCGUGGUGGAGCUGCAGCAGCCUGGCGCGGGGCCUGGCGGCAAGAUGCAGGCGGCCAGGAGAGGGGGCAGCGGCCGGCCCAUCAAGCCCCCACGCAAGGACCUGCCAGACACAGUGAGGCCCCCUCCUGGUGGUGCGCGGCGGCGCGCCAAGCUGAGCCAGCAGCUCAAGUACUGCAACGGCAUCCUGAAGGAGCUGCUGUCCAAGAAGCACACGCUGUACGCCUGGCCCUUCUACAAGCCCGUCGACGUGUCCGCACUGGGACUACACGACUACCACGACAUCAUCAAGCACCCCAUGGACCUUAGUCUUGUCAAGAGGAAGAUGGAUGAGCGCGAGUACAGGAACGCACAGCAGUUUGCAGUGGACAUCAGGCUGAUGUUCUCCAACUGCUACAAGUACAACCCCCCCGACCAUGACGUGGUGUCCAUGGCUCGCAAGCUGCAGGACGUGUUUGAGUUCCGCUACGCCAAGAUGCCGGACGAGGUGCUGGAGGAGGACGACGAGGAGGAGCUGUCCAUGGCGGUGGGCCGCGGCCACGGGGGUCACGGGGGCAUGGGCAUGCUGGGCCGCCACUCCUCCUCUUCGUCCUCCUCUUCCUCCUCUUCCUCCUCCUCCUCGGAGAGCGAGCCCAGCAGCGAGAGCGAGAGUGAAAGUAGCCCCAGCUCCGACAGCGAGGAGGAGAGGGCGCACCGCCUGGCCGAGCUGCAGGACCAAGUCUGCACACAGUUGCGGGCGGUGCACGAGCAGCUGGCGGCCCUUUCGCAGCCCAUCAUCAAGCCCAAGAAGAAGCGUGAGAAGAAGAAGGACAAGAAGAAGAAGAAGAAGGCGGAGAAGCGCAAGGGCGCCCGCAAGAGCCUGGAGGAGGAGCGGGAGCGGGAGAGGGAGCGAGCGGCGCGGGAGAUGGAGCUGCAGCUGCAGCUGGAGAGGGAGAGGCUGGAGCGGGAGAGGAUGAAGGUCGCCACCAAGGCCACCAAGGGCAAGAAGGCCUCCUCCACGCAGGGCAAGAAGGGAGCCGCCAAGAAGACCAAGACCAAAGGGCCGGGUAAGAAGGCGCAGGCGGCCGCGGCGGCGGCAGCACAGGCGGCCAUGUACGCCAUCCCCCACUACGACUCGGAGGAGGAGGAGGAGACCAGCCCCAUGUCGUACGACGAGAAGCGGCAGCUGAGCCUGGACAUCAACAAGCUGCCGGGCGAGAAGCUGGGCCGCGUGGUGCACAUCAUCCAGGCGCGCGAGCCCUCGCUGCGCGACACCAACCCAGAGGAGAUCGAGAUCGACUUCGAGACGCUCAAGCCGUCCACGCUGCGUGAGCUGGAGCGCUACGUCAUGACCUGCCUGCGCAAGAAGCCCAGGAAGCCCUAUGUUAAGAAGAUGGGUGGUGGGAAGUCGAAGGAGGAGUUGAAUCUGGAGAAGAGGAGGGAGCUGGAGAGGAGACUGCAGGACGUCAGCGGGCAGCUGAACUCCGGCAAGAAGCCCAACCCCAAACCCAAGGUAGAGAAGCCCAGUGCUGCGGAGCCACAUGCGGUGCCCUCUCGCCUCAGCGCCAGCAGCUCCAGCUCAGACUCUUCCUCCUCCUCCUCCUCUUCCUCAUCUUCCUCGGACACCAGUGACUCAGACUGAGCCUGCCCCUCGCACCCCCUACCUCUUACCCUUCCCACCCCACCCAGAGCAAACGACAAGAGGAGUGGAGAAGCAGAGGUGGAGUGGGAUGGAGAGAGAGAGAGGGGAAGAACUCAGGGAUCAGACCAGGCUUGUUUUGAGGGUAGGGCUCGGGGUGGUGGAACAUGAAUUUAAAGAGGGCUGGAUGGGUGGAUAGGUGGAUGGAUGGGAUUGAGUGGUGGAUAGAUUCACAGCCUCUCCACAGAACAUGCAGAGGAGGUGGAACACACACCACCACCCCACCCGCCCAUAACCCCUACCACCUUGUGUCUGCACCUCCCACACCUGUCAGUGGGGCAGGAAGGAACCCCCCACCCAAGCUCCUUCCCCUAGCAGCCUGUCCUCUUGGUUUCUGUGUAAAUAGCUGUACAGAUUAUACGGAAUAUAAUUUUCUUUCAUAAAGAAGCAUUUUAAAGAGCAGCCCAUAGUGGGAGUGAUGGAGAGACGAAAGCAGAGAGGAGAAGAGAGAAGCGAAGAGGAAGAGAGACGUGGAAAAUGUGUGUGUCAGAACAUCUGGACUAUUUGUUCUUUUUUCUCUUUAGUUGUCAGAUAACAGCUGGGAGACCCAAAAAAAAUAUUUCUUCUUUUUUCUUUCUUUUUGUCAUAUUAUGUGUGUGUUUUUUUUAAGUCAAUUUUCUUUUUUUUGUCAGUGUUUAUGCUUAUAAUCCCACCUCUCUCUUUUCCGGUAGAACAAUAAAAAAAAGUUUGCAGCAGGUUUCCAAACACUACAGAGCAUCUCAACUGCAUUGAAGCUUGUGAUCUUGCAUCGCUAUGGUAGUAUCGUUAUAGGUGGAGAGACCUGAGACACACAAUACAAGGCAGACAAACAAUAAAUGAUAGGGUGAAGUUCAGGUGUCCUUUUCUCAAAAGAGAAGUUGUUAGCCUGUUAGCAGCUUGGGUAGUUGCCAAUGGGAAAAUGCAUUGAAAACAACAAAGUAGCUAAUGUAGUACGCUACUUUGGUUUCGAGAAAUGCAUCCCAGGUCAGGAGCGUUCGUUUGGUUGUAGGAAUGAGCUUGUGGAGUCUUUACGAGUACAGCUGUCUUGACCUCUGUUUCCUUGAUGGGACGGCUGGCACCUGAAGCACCCAUCUGGCUUUUUUCACUGUGUUUGAGAUUCACCCUUUUUGAAGUGGACGUUCUUUCUCUUGUGUUAAAAGUGAUGUGUUCUCUUGGCCUUCUGUCUUGUGUGUUCCUUACUAUAUACGUUACGUACAAUCAUAGUUUGAAUGACGAGGGGGUUGCUGGGAGGGGGUACUACUAUGAAUUAGGUGAGCGAUUACGCUGUAAUUAGUGUAAAAGAUGAAAGGGUAGUACCCCUUCAAAUGUGGCAUGGUGUGAAUUGCACCCCACGAGCGGCGUGUGCAUCACUUUGGUCCAGUUUUCAAUGUGUUAAAUAGAAUAAGCUAUUUGGUUUUAUUUUCUUACUUGUGUUGUUUAGUCUUGUCGAUAUUUGUUUUUGUCUUUUUUUUUACACAAUGCCAUUGCUGGCUGUUUUUCCAACGAGCUAGCAGUCACCAUUGCUGUUUUUCCUUUUGUUGUUUUUCAUGACAACUCUCACACUCACCUCAUGUCUCUUGUGGACUUCAGAUGUGUCACCCUUGUCUGCGGUCGGUACUGUAUUAAAAAAAAGAAAUUCAAACAAAAAAAGGAGUUGGAGACUCUAGCUUUGGCUCGUCUGAAGCUAGAGGGGAUGGUGCUAGUUUUUUCGCUUGGUUUUUAUGCUCGAUUUAGCAAACUGUAUUAUUUGUACUAUGUUAACUCAGGACAAGACACGUUAAUUGCUAACACAAUGGCAAGGACACAUGUACAGUGGGGAAGAAAUGACUUAAGCUGAAAGACCUGGUCUUCACGCCAUUCCUUGUACAACAGGUGUACUGUAGAUCAUGUUUUUUCAAUUGUCUUCAAUUGUUUUGGUCUUUUUUUCUUUUCUUUUCAGUGUUAGAAAAAAAACAAAAAUGGUUAAAGACUAUCCCAACUAUCCCAUUGUUGAGUUUUUUGACUGUUGUACAAUUUUGAGUUAAUAUAGCUUCUGGCUGCAUCAACAAACAUCAUCUCUUGGCUGUACAUAUUAAAAGAGAUUUUGUUCUUUAAAAAGUGUUUUUCCGUCUUUUCGUUAUUGCGUCUCUGCUCUGGCUGAACCACUAGCAGCUGUGAUUGGGUCUUAAGCUCAAUGAGGCAGGUUUGACUUCAGGCCCCAUUGCUCUUUAAUGCGGCUAUGGGGGCAUGAUGUGCUGGUUAAUAUGCACAGCCAUGCCCUCACACCACUAAAGAGACAUAUACGGCUGUCACUCAUGCUUGGCUGUGGGUCAUCGUGUUUCACUUACUUAUAUUUGUUUUAUCUUGUGUUAUUUGUUAACCACUAUUUGCUUUCUUAAUGUGUGUUAUGUAAGGAUUUCAUUUUUUAAUUUGGGGAAUGUCCUUGGAUUAAAACAGGUGACCA